AUGUUCAUCUAUUUUUUCGCCCUCUUAUGGGCGGCUGUGGCUUGUGUGCUCAAAUACUUUUACUCAUACUGGGAGCGGCAGGGACUGCCAAGCGUUAAGCCUCAGAUUCCCUCCGGUAAUCUCGGAACCGUUGCCCGGAAGAAGGAAUCAUUCGGCGUUGCCAUCAACGAAUGGUACCGUCGAACCAGCGGUUCUCUGGUUGGGAUUUACCUCUUCUACCGUCCGGCCAUUCUAAUCCGGGAUCCUCAUUUAGCGCAGCGAAUUAUGACAAGCGAUUUCAAUCACUUUCACGACCGCGGAGUUUAUUGCAACGAAAACGGAGAUCCCUUUUCGGCGAAUCUGUUUGCUCUACCCGGAAAGCGAUGGAAAAACCUACGAAACAAGCUUACGCCGACCUUUACUCCCGGUCAAAUGCGGAACAUGCUGCCAACGUUUUUGGAACUCAGUCAUAGGUUACAGAAGCACCUGGAACCGAUGGCCAAGCGGGGAGAAGUUGUUGAAAUGCGUGACGUCAGUUCUCGCUUUGUGCUGCAGAUAAUCGCGUCGGUGUUCUUUGGAAUCGAUGCCAACUGUAUUGAAGAUCCGAACGAAUCGUUCCGUCGAGUGCUACGCACUUCCCAGAAGCAAAGUUUCAUCACGAACUUUCGCAAUGCGGCAGUUUUUGUGUGUCCCGAGCUUCUUAAGAUCACUAAAACCACGUCGUUACAUCCGGAAGUUAUCAAGUUUGUGACGCAUAUUAUUACGGAACAGAUCGAACAUCGAGAGAAGAAUGGUGUCGUAAGAAAAGAUUUCAUCCAGCAGUUGAUAGAUCUUAGAAGGGAAGCUUGCGAAAAUAACGAACUGGCCAUGAGUCUGGGACAGUGUGCGGCGAACGUUUUCUUGUUCUACGUGGCCGGUUCCGAGCCUUCAACGGCUUCAAUAAUUUUCACUUUACAUGAGCUAAGUCAGAACCCGGAUAUCAUGAGACGACUGCAAGGUGAAAUUGAUGAAACGCUGAAAAAAUCCAAUGGGGCAAUCGAUUACGAUGUUUUGGGCGAGAUGAAGCUGCUCGAUUUGUGCCUGAAGGAAACACUCCGCAAGUAUCCUGGACUUCCGAUUCUUAACCGCGAGUGUACGGAGGAAUAUCGGUUGCCGGAUUCCGAUGUGGUGAUCAAGAAAGGAACUCAGCUGGUGAUUCCUCUGCUGGGAAUCAGUAUGGAUGAAAAAUACUUCCCUGAACCUGAGCGCUACAUUUCGGAGCGAUUCGAUGACGCUUUCAAGCGAUUUGAUGAGAAGGCGUAUUACCCCUUUGGGGAAGGACCGCGGUACUGUAUUGGAUACAGAUGGGGAAUUGUGGUGGCAAAAAUAGGUUUAAUUCUUCUGCUGUCGAAAUACAAUUUCGAGCCUGUGGUUGGUCCCAAAAUCCAAUUUAGUCCCGCUCUAGUGACAUUGGUUCCCGAGGGAGGCAUUCCACUGCGAAUCACUAAACAGCAGAUAACGCUUAAGAUAACGAGACGAUUUGGUUUUAAAUUUACUGACCGGGCACUGGUCCGGUUGCAGUUCACUUCGAGCAGCGCAACGAGCAGGAUGUGGUUGAUAACGGUUGGAAUUGUCGCCACGGCGAUUUACUUAGGUCUGAAGUACCUCUACUCGUACUGGGAUCGCCACGGCGUACCGAAUCUGAAGCCAGUUAUCCCGUACGGUAACAUCGAGACGGUGGCCAAGAGGGUGGAUUCGCUCGGAGUUGGGGUUAACAAACUGUACCCCAAGACGAAGGGUCGACUGAUGGGAAUCUACUUGUUUUUCCGUCCGGCCAUUUUGAUCCGAGAUGCCCACUUGGCUCAUCGGUUAAUGACGGUGGAUUUCAAGUUCUUUCAUGAUCGAGGCGUGUACUGUAACGAACAAGGUGAUCCAUUUACUGCGCAUCUGUUCGCCCUGUCUGGACAGCGAUGGAAAGCUUUGCGGAAUAAGUUUACACCGACUUUUACCUCCGGACAACUACGCAACAUGCUUCCAACCAUCAUGGAUGUUGGAUACAAACUACAAAAACAUUUGGAUCCGAUAGCAUCCCGGGGUGAGGUUGUGGACAUGCGCGUAAUUCUUGGUCGUUUUAUGCAGGAGAUUGUGGCCAGUGUUUUCUUUGGCUAUGAAGCUGACUGCAUCAACAAUCUGAACGAUAAAUUUACCAGUAUAAUGGAAUACAUUCAGAAGGAUACUUUUGCAAUUAACUUUCGUACGACGGCAGUAUUUUUGUGUCCCGAAUUGCUGAGAAUUACUGGCAUAUCGGGGUUACCAUCAGAGGUAAUCGAGUUUGUAACCAAAAUAAUCACCGAACAGAUCGAGUUUCGUGAGAAAAAUAACACUCAGCGAAAGGAUUUUAUCCAACAGUUGAUCGAGCUUCGACGGGAGGACACUAAGAGCAAGGAAGUGAUGUUGUCACUGGGACAGUGUGCCGCUAACAUUUUCCUCUUCUACAUUGCUGGUUCAGAUACCUCGAAUGCGGCGAUUAGUUUCACCCUGCACGAACUGACCCAUAAUCCAGAUUGUAUGGCAAAGCUUCAAAAUGAAAUUGAUGAAGCGUUGCAAAAAUCCAACGGCGUUGUGAGUUACGAUGUUGUAAAAGAGAUGAAAUAUCUGGACUUGUGUGUUAAGGAAACUCUGAGAAAAUAUCCGGGAUUACCGAUUUUGAACCGAGAGUGCACUGCAGACUACCAGGUUCCCGAUUCGGAAGUGGUGAUUCGUAAGGGAACUCAGGUCAUCAUUCCUCUGCUGGCGUAUGGCAUGAGUGAAGAAUACUUCCCGGAUCCCACUCGCUACGCACCGGAACGUUUCACGGUUGAGGGUCACAAUUAUGACGAAAAGGCUUACUAUCCGUUUGGAGAAGGUCCACGAAAUUGUAUUGGAAUCCGUAUGGGAUCGAUGAUAUCGAAAAUUGGUUUGGUGCUGUUGCUAUCUAGGUUCAAGUUUGAAGCUACUCGAGAAGCAAAAAUUGACUUCAUGCCUUCAAUGGUAACACUGGUGCCGCAAGGAGGAAUCCCACUGAAAAUAUCAAGUAGAAUUUGAGCAUGGAAUACUAUUCAACUUUUGUUUGAAAUAGAUAUUCAUUUAUUUUGUAAGACUACAAAAAUAACAAGAAGACCAUUCUCUGGCCAUUUUCGCCAGCAGUCUAAUUUACUUCCUAUGCAGAUGGACAGUCCAUUAAAAUGCUGAAAAAGACUCCAUGUUGGAGGGGGAAAAUGUGAAGGAAGUGAAAAGUGAUAAAAUGUGAUACGAAUAAAUUGUGAAAAGGAAUUCAAAAUGUGGUACAGUAGUGUUAUGUAAAAAUAUUGUUCAAGCAAUUGCGUAAUUUUGUAGUUCACAUUAGGAUUCGCUUUCAUUGGUUUUGAUAAUUUUUCACUCAUUUUUAGUCAAGUUAAUGUUUCGAGCAACAGUUUUUGAACUAAAGUUUAUAAAAUAAUGCAUGCACUUCUCAAAAAUGUCAUGAGUAGCCACUUUUAAGAAAGUAUAUAUUGCAACCGAUUGACCAAAUCCGAUAAAAUUUGUAAGAAUUUAUUGAAAGCGUGAAUUCGAUUAGACAUAUCCGAGGUAAAUAAAUUAAAAGCCGCUAUUUCAUUCAAUAUCAGAUGAUAUCAUCGACAUACAGUCAUUAGAUAAUUUUCAAAUUUAUGUCAUUUUUGGAGUACAGUAUUUUUUUAUAAGCUAAUUAAAUGUUCUAGGAAAGGAACAGAGUAAUAAAUAAGCAGUUCGAUUAUCUAGAGUGAAAUAUAUUUUUGAAUUUAGUUUCGAUUGUUCCAAGUUUCAUUCAUUUAUUUUUUAAUGAAAUUAUAAAUUACGAAUAAAAUCGUGAAAUUCGAGAUUCAAUUCAAUUCAUUCGUUUGAGCAUACCAAAUGAAACAAAUACAAUAGGUUUUUUUCAUAAUUUUGUGGUCCGAAAAAUAUUUUCAUAAAAUAUCCUCCUAUGAAGUCAUAUAUUUUUACUAUAUUAAUGUAUAUGCUAAACUAUCUUUAUAACAAUACGAAACUUUUUGAUAUCUGUAUGAGAAUAGUUUACCUGUCAAAUCAGUGAUAGACAAUUUUCCUAAUCACCGUGUAGCGACAAAGUCUAGGGUAUUAUUUCUUAUGAAU